AUGUACGAAGUUUGCGACAUUUUUUGCGGCUGGGAAAUCAACCAACCGCCAAGUGCAGCAUCGGUCCUCAAGCUCUCCCAGUCGCCUUACGGCUCUAGCUCCGUCAUCUUCAGCAUUUUUGUAAUGCAGGAGGAAGAACAUGCAAGCAUCAGUAACAAGUUGAACAAUUGA